AUGCCAGCCCCCGGGAUGGGCGCCCCAGCAGGGUGCCGGGCGCUGGCGUGGGCCCUCGCGGCCCUGCUCUUGGUGCAGAAGGCAGAGACCCAGGGCAACACGGAGCUGAGCUGGGCGAGCGCAGAGGCUGCCGCGGACGGUCAGAGGGAGGCUGUUGUCCCAGCCUGGCUGAGUUCCCGGAGUGACCUGGUUUUCUCUGCAGCCCAGCACAUGAUCUUCAUCCCACCCAUCACUGUCUUCCCCACCAUGAGCCCCGCGAACCCGGUGCACAACGGGCGGGUGUGUAGCACCUGGGGCGACUUCCACUACAAGACCUUCGACGGCGACAUUUUCCGCUUCCCCGGCCUCUGCAACUACGUCUUCUCCGCGCACUGUGGCGCCGCCUACGAGGACUUCAACAUCCAGCUCCGCCGCAGCCUGGCCGGCUCCAGGCCCACUAUCACCCACGUCGUCCUCAAGACCCAGGGGCUGGUGGUGGAGAUCUCCAAUGGCUCUGUUCUCAUCAACGGGCAGCGGGAGGACCUGCCCUACAGCCGUGCCGGACUUGUGGUGGAGCAGACCAGUAUCUACGUCAAAGUCAACGUCCGGCUGGCGCUGACCUUCAUGUGGAACGGGGAGGAUAGCGCCCUGCUGGAGCUGGACCCCAAGUAUGCCAACCAGACGUGCGGCCUGUGUGGGGACUUCAACGGGCUGCCUGCCAUCAAUGAGUUCUACGCCCACAACGCCAGGCUGACUCCUGUACAGUUUGGGAACCUGCAGAAGCUGGACGGGCCCACGGAGCAGUGCCAGGACCCCCUGCCCUCCCCGGCUGACAACUGCACCGACGAGGAGGGUAUCUGCCGCCGCACCCUGCUGGGCCCGGCCUUCGCCCAGUGCAAUGGGCUGGUGGACACCGAUGUGUACGUGGCCGCCUGCACCCAGGACCUGUGCCGCUGCCCCACUUGCCCAUGUGCCACCUUUGCCGAGUACUCCCGCCAGUGUGCCCAUGCGGGGGGCCAGCCACAAAACUGGAGGGGCCCUGACUUUUGCCCCCAGAUGUGCCCCCUCAGCCUGCAGCACCAGGAGUGCGGCUCACCGUGUGCCGACACCUGCUCCAACCCCGAGCACUCGCAGCUCUGCGAGGACCACUGCGUGGACGGCUGCUUCUGCCCCCCAGGCACAGUGCUGGACGACGUCACCCACACGGGCUGCCUGCCCCUGGAGCGCUGCUCCUGUACCCACGGCGGCCGUAUCUAUGCCCCAGGGGCCUCCUUCACCACCAGCUGCAGCUCCUGCACCUGCUCCAGGGGGCUGUGGCAGUGCCAGGACGUCCCGUGCCCGGGCACCUGCUCCGUCCAGGGCGGCUCCCACGUCUCCACCUACGACGAGAAACUCUACGAUGUGCACGGAGACUGCAGCUACAUCCUGUCCAAGAAAUGUGCAGACAGUAGCUUCACCGUGCUGGCUGAGCUGCGGAAAUGCGGCCUGACGGACAACGAGAACUGCCUCAAGACGGUGACACUCAGGAUGACCGGCAGUGGGGACACAGCCAUCCAGAUCCAGGCCAACGGCGGGGUGUUCAUGAACUCCAUCUACACACAGCUGCCCGUGUCAGCAGCCAACAUCACCAUCUUCAGGCCCUCGUCCUUCUUCAUCCUGGUCCAGACGGGCCUUGGGCUACAGCUGCAGGUGCAGCUGGUGCCUCUCAUGCAGGUGUACCUCAGGCUGGACCCCUCCUACCGAGGCCAGAUGUGUGGCCUGUGCGGGAACUUCAACCAGAACCAGGCUGACGACUUCCGGAUCCUCGGUGGCGUGGUGGAGGGCACAGCCGCCCCCUUCGCCAACACCUGGAAGACCCAGGCCGCCUGCCCCAACGUCAAGAACAGCUUCGAGGACCCCUGCUCCCUCAGCGUGGAGAACGAGAACUACGCCCAGCACUGGUGCUCGCUGCUGACCCACCCUGCCGGCGCCUUCUCGCCCUGCCACACCAUUGUCAACCCUGCACCCUUCCACUCGAACUGCAUGUUCGACACGUGCAACUGCGAGAAGAGCGAGGCCUGCAUGUGCGCGGCUCUGUCCUCCUACGUGCGGGCCUGUGCCGCCAAGGGCGUGCUGCUCCGCGGCUGGAGGGACAGUGUCUGCACCAAGUACAUGAGCAGCUGCCCCAAGUCCCAGACCUAUGCCUACGUGGUGGACGGCUGCCAGCCCACCUGCCGCAGCCUGAGCCAGGCCGACGUCACCUGCGGCAUCGCCUUCGUGCCAGUGGACGGCUGCACCUGUCCCUCGGGCACCUUCCUGGACGACGCCGGUGCCUGUGUGCCCGCCGAGGCCUGUCCCUGCUACUUCCGCGGCUCCGUGGUGGCUCCGGGAGAGGUCGUGCACGACGAUGGCGUGGUGUGCUCCUGUGUGAGUGGGAAACUGAGCUGCCUGGGAGCCGAGGAGGAGACGAGCACAGGGUGUGUGGCUCCCAUGGUGUACCUGGACUGCAGAAACGCCUCAGCGGGCACACCCGGGGCCGAGUGCCUCAGGAGCUGCCACAUGCUCGACGUGGACUGUUUCAGCACCCACUGUGUGUCUGGCUGCGUCUGCCCCCCGGGGCUGGUGUCGGACGGGAGUGGGGGCUGCGUGGCUGAGGAGGACUGCCCCUGUCUGCACAACGAGGCCACAUACAAGCCCGGGGAGACCAUCAGGGUGGACUGUAAUACCUGCACCUGCAGGAGCCGCAGGUGGGAGUGCAGCCAUCGGCCCUGCCUGGGCACCUGCGUGGCCUACGGGGACGGCCAUUUCAUCACCUUCGACGGCGAGCGCUACAGCUUCGAAGGGAGCUGCGAGUACACACUGGCCCAGGACCACUGCGGGGGCAACGGCACCACCAACGGGACCUUCCACAUCAUCAGCGAGAACGUCCCCUGCGGGACCACGGGCGUCACCUGCUCCAAGGCCAUCAAGCUCUUCCUGGAGAACUAUGAGCUGAUCCUCCAUGAGGGCACCUACAAGGUGGUGCAAAGGGGGUCGGGCGGAGACCUGCCCUACAAGAUCCGGUACAUGGGCAUCUACCUGACCGUCGAGACCCGCAGUGGCAUGGUCGUGUCCUGGGACCGGAAGACCAGUGUGUUCAUCCGGCUGCGCCAGGAUUACAAGGGGAGGGUCUGCGGGCUGUGCGGGAACUUCGACGACAACGCCGUCAACGACUUCACCACACGGAGCCAGUCCGUGGUGGGCAACGCACUGGAGUUCGGCAACAGCUGGAAGUUCUCCCCGUCCUGCCCGGAUGCCUCGGCCCCCAAGGACCCCUGCACUGCCAACCCAUACCGCAAGUCCUGGGCCCAGAAGCAGUGCAGCAUCAUCAACAGCGCCACCUUCGCCGCCUGCCGUUCUCAGGUCGACUCCACCAAGUACUAUGACGCCUGUGUGAGCGACGCGUGCGCCUGCAACUCGGGAGGCGACUGCGAGUGCUUCUGCACCGCGGUGGCCGCCUACGCCCAGGCCUGUCGCGACGUGGGCGUGUGCGUGACCUGGCGGACUCCCGACAUCUGCCCCCUGUUCUGCGACUACUACAACCCACGCGGGGAGUGCGAGUGGCACUACGAGCCGUGCGGGGCCCCCUGCCUGAGGACCUGCCGGAACCCGAGUGGGCAUUGCCUGCUGGACCUGCCUGGCCUGGAAGGCUGCUACCCGAGGUGCCCACCCAGCAAGCCCUUCUUCAGCGAGGACCAGAUGGAGUGCGUGGCCCAGUGCGGCUGCUACGAUGAGGAUGGCAACUACCACGAGGUCGGCUCCAGGGUCCCCACGGCAGAGAAUUGCCAGAGCUGUGACUGCACCCCUGGCGGCCUCCAGUGCACGUACAACCUCACGGCCUGCACCUGCACCUAUGAGGGCAAGACCUACGGCUACGGGGACGUCAUCUACAACACAACCGAUGGACUGGGCGCCUGCCUGACUGCCAUCUGCGGAAACAAUGGAACCAUCAUCCGGAGAGUCGUGGAAUGUCCUGGAACCGUGUCCACGACACCCUUCACCUUCACUACCACUGCGGCCCCGCUGUCCACGACAGGCCCAGCCCCCACCAUCUCCACUGUGUGUGUGCACAAGCAAUGCCGCUGGUCUGACUGGUACGACAGCGGCCGUCCAGAGCCCGGCAUGGGAGGGGGAGACAUCGAGACGUUUGUGAACCUGAGGCAGAGGGGCCACCAGGUCUGCCCAGCCCCCGAGGGUGUCGAGUGCCGGGCGCAGCAGCUCCCCGACAAACCCCUGCAGGAGCUGGGCCAGAAGGUGGAGUGCGACAUGGCUCGGGGGCUCACGUGCCUCAAUAGCGAGCAGAGUCCCCCGCUCUGCCACAACUAUGAGUUGCGGGUCCUCUGCUGUGACUACGUGCCCUGUGGCACCUCCUCGGCCCUGGGCACCAGCCCCAGUCCCUCCCCCGGCAUCACCACCUGGGUGUCAACCCUCAAGUCCCUGCCCACCCCCACCCAGACCACGUCAACGAGAGAAAGCCCCCUCGGGUCGACGGCAGCCUCCACCUCGCAGACCCCACCUGCCAUGCCUGCCACAACUGAGACCCAGGAGGUCGGCAGCUCCUCAACCCCAGCUGCCACCACCUGUCAGCCCAAAUGUCAGUGGACAGGGUGGUUCGAUGAGGAUUACCCCAAGUCUGAGAAGGCCGGGGGGGACAUCGAGUCCUACGACAGGAUCAGGAGUGCGGGAGGGGCCGUGUGUGAGCGGCCUCAGGAGAUAGAGUGCAGGGCCGUGCUCUUUCCCAGCAUGCGCCUGGAGGACCUGGGCCAGCGAGUGCACUGCGACCCUAGGUUCGGCCUGGUCUGCAGGAACGAAGAGCAGGAGGGCAUGUUCAAGAUGUGCUUCAACUACAAGAUCCGCAUGCUGUGCUGCAGCUACAGCCACUGUGGGGCCACUGCCUCUACUGCCACCGCCACUGCCUCCACUGCCACCGCCACCACCACCACCACCACCGCUGCCACCUCCACUGCCACUGCCACCUCCACCACCACUGCCUCCACUGCCACCGCCACCACCACCAUGCCACCAGCCACAGAAACAGGCACAUGGCUGGGCAGCAGCCCAGGGGUGACCACUGUGGUGCCUUUCCUCUCGACGAGAUCAACAUCCCAAGCCACAUCCCUAAACCCCAGCCACACGGCCACACACAGGACGUCUGCCACCAGGAGCCUCACGGCUCCUCCAGGUUCCACAAAGCCCACCACCCCGGAGAGAGCCACGUCAGUCCUUCCAACUCGCACAACACUGCAGGGGACCACAGGGGGCACCUCACAGGGACCCACCUCCAGGGCUCACGCGACUACAGGAGCACCAGCCAGCACAGCCGGCACCAUCUCAACCAGCCCGCCACCCACCUCACGCACCAAGACGAGCACAUCAGGAGCAGAGACGCCAACAGGAACUCUGGUACCAACGGCCACGACCGAGGCCAACACCAACCAGGGCACAACCAGCUGUCAGCCCAAGUGCGAGUGGACGGAGUGGUUUGAUGUGGAUUUCCCAACCUCGGGGGUCACAGGAGGCGACAUGGAGACCUACGACAACAUCAGGGCUGCAGGGGGCAGGAUGUGUGCGGAGCCAAAGAGUAUAGAGUGCCGGGCGGAGAAUUACCCCGAGGUGAGCAUUGACCGGAUCGGGCAGGUGGUCAGCUGCAGCCUGCAGACCGGGCUGGUAUGCAGGAAUGAAGACCAGCAGGGCAACUUCAACAUGUGCUUCAACUACAACAUCCGCGUGCUCUGCUGCGACUACGGCCACUGUCCCAGCACCCCGGCCACCAUCACAGUCACUCCCCCGGGGACCAGCCUGGGAUUGACCUCCCCAACGCCCAGUGGCACCAAUGCCCAGUCCAUGACCACCCCGGGCCUCAGCACAGGCCCCAGCACAGCGACCUCCGGGUGCCAGCUCUCCUGCCACUGGACCAACUGGCUGGAUAGUGACCAGCCCUUUCCUGGCUACAAUGGGGGUGACAUCGAGACCUACUAUCACAUCGUGGGUGCAGGAGGCCAGCUCUGCUUGGAGCCAGUGGCCAUCGAAUGCGAGGCCGUCCUCUAUCCGGAAAUACCCCUCGGGCAGCUGGGCCAGGUGGUGCAGUGCAACGUGGAUUAUGGGCUCAUCUGCAGAAACAGCUGGCAGAGGGGAGGCCAGACCUGCCUCAACUACCACAUCCGCGUGCGCUGCUGUGAUGACUACAGCCACUGCCCCAGUUCGGCUGCCUCCGAGACCACCACACCAUCCCCCAGAUCCUCCACCACCAGCACGGGCAGGUGGUCAUCGGGAGUGACAGGAGUCAGGUCCACAGCCACCACCCAGAUACACCUCUCCUCCACAAGGACUAGGGAGACAGGACCCUCCUCCCCCAGGACCACCCAGAGCGUCUCCAUCCCCACCGCUGAGACAGGUCCCUCAUCUUCCGGGACUACUCAGACUGUCUCCACCACUCAGACACCUCUCACCUCCCUCAGGACCACUGAGGUCACGACCACGCUGCCCUCUAGCUCCCCACUGCCCAGCUCCUUCACAUCCACACCAGCCACCUCACCCUCCGAGGGAUGCAGGCCACAGUGCGCGUGGACAGACUGGCUGGACCAGAGCUACCCGGUGCCGGGGGCAUCUGGGGGGGACUUUGAGACCUAUGCCAACCUUCGGGCGACCGGCGAGGCCAUCUGCCAGCAGCCUCUGGACCUGGAGUGUCGGGCUGAGACGCAGCCCAACGUCCCCGUGCAGGAUCUGGGCCAGGUGGUCCAGUGCAACCUGAGCUUCGGACUGGUGUGCCACAACCGUGACCAGAGCGGCCCAUUCAAGCUGUGCCUCAACUACCACAUCCGCGUGUUCUGCUGCAACUAUAGCCACUGUCUCAGCACCCCGGCCACCACCACACUGAGCCCCCAGGGGACCAGCCUGGGACUGAUCUCCCCAGCGGCCACUAGCACCACUGCCCAGCCCCCGACCAGCCCCAGCACUGCAGGCCCCAGCACAAGCCCCAGCACAGCGACCUCCGGGUGCCAGCCCGCCUGCCACUGGACUGACUGGCUGGACAGCGACCGGCCUCUGCCCGGCCGCUACAGGGGCGACAUCGAGACCUACUACCACAUCGUGGGCAGGGGAGGCCAGCUCUGCUUGCGGCCGGUAGCCAUCGAAUGCGAGGCCGUCCUCUAUCCGGAAAUACCCCUCGGGCAGCUGGGCCAGGUGGUGCAGUGCAACGUGGAUUACGGGCUCAUCUGCAGAAACAGCUGGCAGAGCGGAGGCCAGACCUGCCUCAACUACCACAUCCGCGUGCGCUGCUGUGAUGACUACAGCCACUGCCCCAGCUCGGCUGCCUCCGAGACCACCACACCAUCCCCCAGACUCUUCACCACCAGCACCAGCACGGGCAGGUGGUCAUCGGGAGUGACAGGAACCACGCUGCCCUCUAGCUCCCCACCGCCCAGCUCCUUCACAUCCACACCAGCCACCUCACCCUCCGAGGGAUGCAGGCCACAGUGCGCGUGGACAGACUGGCUGGACCAGAGCUACCCGGUGCCGGGGGCCUCUGGGGGGGACUUUGAGACCUAUGCCAACCUUCGGGCGACCGGCGAGGCCAUCUGCCAGCAGCCUCUGGACCUGGAGUGUCGGGCUGAGACGCAGCCCAACGUCCCCGUGCAGGAUCUGGGCCAGGUGGUCCAGUGCAACCUGAGCUUCGGGCUGGUGUGCCACAACCGUGACCAGAGCGGCCCAUUCAAGCUGUGCCUCAACUACCACAUCCGCGUGUUCUGCUGCAACUAUAGCCACUGUCUCAGCACCCCGGCCACCACCACACUGAGCCCCCAGGGGACCAGCCUGGGACUGAUCUCCCCAGCGGCCACUAGCACCACUGCCCAGCCCCCGACCAGCCCCAGCACUGCAGGCCCCAGCACAAGCCCCAGCACAGCGACCUCCGGGUGCCAGCCCGCCUGCCACUGGACUGACUGGCUGGACAGUGACCGGCCUCUGCCCGGCCGCUACAGGGGCGACAUCGAGACCUACUACCACAUCGUGGGCAGGGGAGGCCAGCUCUGCUUGCGGCCGGUGGCCAUCGAAUGCGAGGCCGUCCUCUAUCCGGAAAUACCCCUCGGGCAGCUGGGCCAGGUGGUGCAGUGCAACGUGGAUUACGGGCUCAUCUGCAGAAACAGCUGGCAGAGCGGAGGCCAGACCUGCCUCAACUACCACAUCCGCGUGCGCUGCUGUGAUGACUACAGCCACUGCCCCAGCUCGGCUGCCUCCGAGACCACCACACCAUCCCCCAGAUCCUCCACCACCAGCACCAGCACGGGCAGGUGGUCAUCGGGAGUGACAGGAACCACGCUGCCCUCUAGCUCCCCACCGCCCAGCUCCCUCACAUCCACACCAGCCACCUCACCCUCCGAGGGAUGCAGGCCACAGUGCGCGUGGACAGACUGGCUGGACCAGAGCUACCCGGUGCCGGGGGCCUCUGGGGGGGACUUUGAGACCUAUGCCAACCUUCGGGCGACCGGCGAGGCCAUCUGCCAGCAGCCCCUCGACCUGGAGUGUCGGGCUGAGACGCAGCCCAACGUCCCCGUGCAGGAUCUGGGCCAGGUGGUCCAGUGCAACCUGAGCUUCGGGCUGGUGUGCCACAACCGUGACCAGAGCGGCCCAUUCAAGCUGUGCCUCAACUACCACAUCCGCGUGCUCUGCUGCAACUACAGCCACUGUCUCAGCACCCCGGCCACCACCACACUGAGCCCCCAGGGGACCAGCCUGGGACUGACCUCCCCAGCGGCCACUAGCACCACUGCCCAGCCCCCGACCAGCCCCAGCACUGCAGGCCCCAGCACAAGCCCCAGCACAGCGACCUCCGGGUGCCAGCCCGCCUGCCACUGGACUGACUGGCUGGACAGUGACCGGCCUCUGCCCGGCCGCUACAGGGGCGACAUCGAGACCUACUACCACAUCGUGGGCAGGGGAGGCCAGCUCUGCUUGCGGCCGGUGGCCAUCGAAUGCGAGGCCGUCCUCUAUCCGGAAAUACCCCUCGGGCAGCUGGGCCAGGUGGUGCAGUGCAAUGUGGAUUACGGGCUCAUCUGCAGAAACAGCUGGCAGAGCGGAGGCCAGACCUGCCUCAACUACCACAUCCGCGUGCGCUGCUGUGAUGACUACAGCCACUGCCCCAGCUCGGCUGCCUCCGAGACCACCACACCAUCCCCCAGACCCUCCACCACCAGCACGGGCAGGUGGUCAUCGGGAGUGACAGCAGUCUGGACCACAGCCACCACCCAGAUACACCUCUCCUCCACUGGGACCAGGGAGACAGGACCCUCCCCUCCCAGGACCACCCAGAGCGUCUCCAUCCCCACCGCUGAGACAGGUCCCUCAUCUUCCGGGACUACUCACACUGUCUCCACCACUCAGACACCUCUCACCUCCCUCAGGACCACUGAUUUCACUGUACUCAGAACUGAGACAGGACCCUCCUCCCAUGGGGCCACCCAGAGGGUCUCUAGCGCCACCACUGUGACAGUUCCUUCCUCUCCUGGGACCACCCAGAGGACCCCCCUCCCCAUCCCUGUGACAGGUCCCUCCUCCCCCUGGACUACUCCUAGGGUCUUCACCACUCUGACAUCUCGUGCCUCCCUCAGCACCACGGAGAAGGUCACUGUCCCCACUCCUGCGACUGGUACCUUUUCUCCCAAGACCAACAAGGUGACAGUCCCUAGCACCGAGACAGGACCCUCCUCUCCCGGGAUCACCCAGAGCCUCCCCGUCACCACCACUAUGACAGGACCUUCCACUGCCAGGACCCCCCAGAAAGUCAUCAUGCCCACCACUGCAACAGGUCCCUCUUCUCCCGGCACCAAGCAGAGGCUCUCUAUCCCCACCUCUGUGACAGGUCCUUCCUCUCCCAGGACUACUCAUAGGGUCCCCACCACUCAGACACCUCUCACCUUCCUCAGCACCACGGAGAAGGUCACUGUUCCCAGCCCUGUGACAGGUCCCUUCUCUCCCGGGACCACCCAGAGGGUCUCCAUCUCCACCACUGAGACAAGAUCCUCCUCUCCUGGGACCACACAGAGGGUCUCCAUCCCCAUCCCUGUGACAGGUCCCUCUUCUCCUGGGACCACCCAGAGGGUCUCCAUCGCCACCACUGGGACAGGUCCCUCCACCCCCGGGACCACCCAGAGGGUCUCCAUCCCCACCACUGUGACAGGUCCCUCCACUCCGGAGACUACUCAUUGGGUCCCCACCACUCAGACACCUCUCACCUCCCUCAGCACCACAGAAAAGGUCACUGUCCCCAUCAGCCAGACACGUCCCUUUUCUCCCAAGACCACCGAGGUGACGGUCCCCACCCCUGUGACAGGACUCUCCUCUCCCGGGACCACCCAGGGGUUCUCCAUCUCCAACACUGAGACAGGUCCCCCUUCUCCCGGGACCACCCAGAGGGUCUCCAUCCCCACCACUGCAACAGGUCCUUCCACCUCCGGGACCACCCAGAGGGUCUCCAUCCCCACCACUGCGACAGGUCCCUCAACCCCCGGGACCACCCAGAGGGUCACCAUCGCCACCACUGCAACAGGUCCCUCCACCCCCGGGACCACCCAGAGGGUCUCCAUCCCCACCACCGUGCCAGUUCCCUCCUCUCCGGGGACUACUCAUAGGGUUCCCACCACUCAGACACCUCUCACCUCCCUCAGCACCAUGGAGAAGGUCACUGUCCCCACCAGCCAGACAGGUCCCUUUUCUCCCAAGACCACCAAGGUGACGGUCCUCACCACUGAGACAGGACCCUCCUCUCCCAGGAUCUCUCAGAGCUUCUCCAUCAGCACCACAGUGACAGGUCCCUCCACUCCUGGGACCACUCAGAGGGUCUCCAUGUCCACCCCGGUGACAGGUCCCUCGUCCCCGGAGACCACCCAGAAGUACUCCAUCUCCACCACUGAGACAGGUCCCUCCUCUCCCGGGACCACCCAGCGGGUCUCGAUACCCACCCCUGUGACAGGUCCUUCCUCUCCUGGGAGCAACCAGAGGGUCUCCAUCUCCACCACUGGGACACGUCCCUCCUCUCCCAGGACCACCGAGGAGACGAUCCCCACCCCUGUGACAGGACCCUCCACUCCCAGGACCACCCAGCAGGUCUCCAUUCCCACCUCUGUGACAGGUCUCUCCUCUCCUGGGAGCACCCAGAGGGUCUCCAUUGCCACCAAUGUGACAGGUCCCUCUUCUCCCAGGACCACCCAGAGGCUCUCUAUGACCACCUCUGUGACAGGUCCCUCCUCUCCCGGGAUUACUCAUAGAGUCGACACCACUCAGACACCUCUCGCCUCCCACAGCACCACAGAAAAAGUCACUCUCAACAACACUGAGACAGGUCCCUCUUCUCCCGGGACCACCCAGAGGCUCUCUAUCACCACCUCUGUGACAGGUCACUCCUCUCCCGGGACUACUCAUAGGGUCGCCACCACUCAGACACCUCUCGCCUCCCUCAGCACCACGGAGAAGGUCACUGUCCCCACCUCUGUGACAGGUCCUUCUUCCCCCGAGACCACCCAGAGGUACUCCAUCUCCACCACUGGGACUGGUCUCUCCUCACCCAGGACCACCCAGAGGGUCUCGAUCUCCACCACUGAGACAGGACCCUCCUCCCCCGGGACCAGCCAGAGGGUCUCCACACCCACCAGUGACACAGGUCCCUCCACUACUGGGACAACCCAGACGGUCUCCAUCCCCACCCCUUUGACAGGUCGCUCCUCUCCCGGGACUGCUUAUAGGGUCCCCACCACGCAGAAACUUCUCACCUCCCUCAGCACCACAGAAAAAGUCACUCUCCACAUCACUGAGACAGGUCCAUCUUCUCCCGGGACCACCGAGAGGCUCUCUAUCCCCACCUCUGCGACAGGUCCUUCCUCUCCCGGGACUACUCAUAGGGUCCCCACCACUCAGACACCUCUUGCCUCCCACAGCACCACGGAGAAGGGCACUGUCCCCACUCCUGUGAGAGGUCCGUCUUCCCCCGGGACCACCCAGAGGUACUCCAUCUCCACCACUGGGACCGGUGCCUCAUCUCCGAGGACUACUCAUAGCGUACCCACCAUUCAGACACCUCUCACCUCCUUCAGCACCACAGAGAAGGUCACUCUCCCCACUAGCCAGACAGGUUCCUUUUCUCCCAAGACCACCGAGGUGACGGUCCCCACCACUGAGACAGGAUCCACCUCCCCCGGGAUCACCCAGAGCUUAUCCAUCACCACCACUGUGACAGGUUCCUCCACUCACAGGACCACCCAGAGGGUCUCCAUCCCCACAGCCGUGACAGGUCCCACCUCUCCUGGGAUUACUCAUAGGACCCCCACCACUCAGACACCUCUCACCUACCUCAGCACCACUGAAAAAGUUACUCUCCACAUCACUGAGACAGGUCCAUCUUCUCCCGGGACCACCCAGAGGCUCUCUAUCACCACCUCUGUGACAGGUCCCUUCUCUCCUGGGACUACUCAUAGGGUCCCCACCACUCAGACACCUCUCACCUCCCUCAGCACCACAGAGAAGUUCACUGUCCCCACUCCUGUGACAGGUCCUUCUUCCCCCGUGACCACCCAGAGGUAUUCCAUCUCCACCACUGGGACAGGUCCCUCCUCUCCGGGGACUACUCACACCAUCUCCACCAUUCAGACACCUCUCAACUCCCUCAGCACCACAGAGAAGGUCACUGUCCCCACUAGCCAGACAGGUCCCUUUUCUCCCAAGACAACCGAGGUGACGGUCCCCACCACUGAGACAGGACCCUCCUCCCCCGGGACCACCCAGGGCUCCUCCAUCACAACCACUGUGACAGGUCCCUCCACUCCCAGGACCACCCAGAAGUACUCCAUCUACACCCCUGAGACAGGACCCUCUUUCCCCGGGACCACCCAGAGGGUCUCCAUCCCCACCACCGUGACAGGUUCCUCCUCUCCUGGGACUACUUAUAUGCUCCCCUCCACUCAGAAACCUCUCACCUCCCUCCGUACCACAGAAAAAGUCACUCUCUCCAUCACUGAGACAGGUCCCUCUUCUCCCGGGACCACCCAGAGGCUCUCUAUCACCACCUCUGUGAUAGGUCCCUCCUCUCCUUGGACUACUCAUAGGGUCCCCAUCACUCAGACACCUCUCGCCUCCCACAGCACCAUGGAGAAGGUCACUGUCCCCACCCCUUUGACAGGUCCCUCUUCCCCCGGGACCACCCAGAGGUUCUCCAUCCCCACCAGGGUGACAGGUCCCUAUUCUACCAGGACCACCCAAAGCUUCUCCAUCCGCACCACUGAGACAGGUCCCUUCUCUUCCAGGACUACUCAUAGGAUCCCCACCACUCAGACACCUCUCACCUCCCACAGCACCACAGAGAAGGUCACUGUUCCCACUCCUGUGACAGGUCCUUCUUCCCCCGCGACCACUCAGCUCUCCUCCAUCUCCACCACUGGGACCGCUCUCCAGUCCCCUGGGACCACCAAGCUCUACUCCAUCGCCACCACUGAGACAGGUCCCUCCUCUCCCAAGACCACUCAGAGGCUCUCUAUCCCCACCACUAUGACAGGUCCCUCCUCUCCUGGGACUACUUAUCGGGUCACCACCUCUCAGACACCUCUCACCUCCCUCAGCACCACGGAGGUCACUGUCCCCACUCCUGUGAGAGGACCUUCUUCCCCCGGGACCACCCAGAGGUACUCCAUCUCCACCACUGAGACAGGUCCCUCCUCUCCGGGGACUACUCAUAGCGUCUCCACCAUUCAGACACCUCUGAACUCCCUUAGCACCACUGAGAAGGUCACUCUCCCCACUAGCCAGACUGGUCCCUUUUCUCCCAAGACCACCGAGGUGACGGUCCCUACCACUGAGACAGGACCCUCCUCCCCCGGGACCACCCAGAGCGCCUCCAUCACCACCCCUGUGACAGGUCCCUCCACUCCCAGGAUCACCCAGAGGUACUCCAUCUCCACCUCUGAGACAGGAUCCUCCUCCCCCGGGACCACCCAGAGGGUCUCCAUCCCCACCACCGUGACAGCUCCCUCCUCUUCUGGGACAACCUAUAGGGUCGCCCCCACUCAGAAACCUCUCACCUCCCUCAGCACCACAGAAAAAGUCACUCUCCCCAUCACUGAGACAGGUCCCUCUUCUCCCAGUACCACCCAAAGGCUCUCUAUCACCACCUCUGUGACAGGGCCCUCCUCCCCCGGGAUCACUCAGAGCUUCUCCAUCCCCACCACUGUGACAGGUCCCUCUACUCCCAGGACUACUCAGCGGGUCUCCAUCCCCACCACUGAGACAGGUCCCUCCUCUCCCAGGACUACUCAUAGCGUACCCACCAUUCAGACACCUCUCACCUCCCUCGGCACCACGGAGAAGGUCACUCUCCCCACUAGCCAGACAGGUCCCUUUUCUCCCAAGACCACCGAGGUGACGGUCCCCACCACUGAGACAAGACCCUCCUCCACCGGGAUCACCCAGAGCUUCUCCACCACCACCACUGUGACAGGUCCCUCCACUCCCAGGACCACCCAGAGGGUCUCCAUCCCCACCCCUGAGACAGGAUCCUCCUCCUCAGGGACCACCCAGAGGAUCUCCAUCCCCACCACUGUGACAGGUCCCACCUCUCCGGGGAUUACUCAUAGGAUCCCCACCACUCAGACAACUCUCACCUCCCUCAGGACCACAGAGAAGGUCACUGUCCCCACACCUGUGACAGGUCCUUCUUCCCCCGUGACCACCCAGAGGUAUUCCAGCUCCACCACUGGGACAGGUCCCUCCUCUCCGGGGACUACUCACACCGUUUCCACCAUUCAGACACCUCUCAACUCCCUCAGCACCACAGAGAAGGUCACUGUCCCCACUAGCCAGACAGGUCUCUUUUCUCCCAAGACCACCGAGGUGACAGUCCCCACCACUGAGACAGGACUCUCCUCCCCUGGGACCACCCAGAGCUCCUCCAUCACCACCGCUGUGACAGGUCCCUCCACUCCCAGGACCACCCAGAGGUACUCCAUCUACACCCCUGAGACAGGACCCUCUUACCCCGGGAGCACCCAGAGUGUCUCCAUCCCCACCAUCGUGACAGGUUCCUCCUCUCCCGGGACUACUUAUAGGCUCCCCUCCACUCAGAAACCUCUCACCUCCCUCAGUACCACAGAAAAAAUCACUCUCCCCAUCACUGAGACAGGUCCCUCUUCUCCCGGGACCACCCAGAGGCUCUCUAUCACCACCUCUGUGACAGGUCCCUCCUUUCCUUGGACUACUCAUAGGGUCCCCACCACUCAGACACCUCUUGCCUCCCACAGCACCACUGAGAAGGUCACUGUCCCCACCCCUGUGACAGGUCCUUCUUCCCCCGGGACCACCCAGCGGUUCUCCAUCUCCACCACUGAGACAGGUCCCUCCUCCCCUGGGAUCACCCAGAGCUUCUCCAUCCCCACCACUGUGACAGGUCCCUCUACUCCCAGGACUACUCAGAGGGUCUCCAUCCCCACCACUGAGACAGGUCCCUCCUCUCCCGGGACUACUCAGAGAGUCCCCACCACUCAGACACCUCUCACCUCCCACAGCACCACGGAGAAGGUCACUGUCCCCACUCCUGUGACAGGUCCUUCUUCCCCCGGGACCACCCAGCUCUACUCCAUCUCCAUCACUGGGACUGGUCUCUCCUCCCCUGGGACCACUCAGAGGCUCUCUAUCCCCACCCCUGAGACAAGUCCCUCCUCUCCCUGGACUACUCAUCGGGUCCCCACCACGCAGACACCUCUCACCUCCCUCAGCACCACGGAGAAGAUCACUGUCCCCACCAGCCAGACAGGUCCCUUCUCUCCUGGGACCACUGAGGUGACAGUCCCCACCACUGUGGCACGUCCCUUUUCUUCCAGGACCACUGAGGUGACUCUCCCCACCUCUGUGACAGGUCCCUCCUCUCCUGGGACUACUCGUCGGGUCCCCACUACUCAGACACCUCUCGCCUCCCUCAGCACCACAGAGAAGGUCACUGUUCCCACCACUGUGACAGGUCCCUCCUCCUCUGGGACCACUGAGAGAGUCUCUGUCACCAGUCCUUCCUCCCCCUUGGGAACCCAGACCACAACUGUCAAGCCAGGCACGCCCAGUGUCUCCCCAGCCGCCUCCCUGGUGACCUCCCGCAUAUGGACCACCCCAGCCAUCUCCAGCAGCUUGCCACAGUUCAGCGUGUCCACCACAGCUCCCUCCAUCCUCACCACCCUCAGGCCCACCGCCUUUUCCAGCCCACCCAUCUCUACCACAGCCUGCUUCUGCCAGGCAUUUGGACGGCUCUUCUUACCUGGGGACGUCAUCUACAAUAAGACGGACAGCGCCGGCUGCCAGUUCUAUGCCAUCUGCAACCAGCACUGUGACAUUGACCGCUUCCCAGGUGCUUGCCCCACCUCUUCACCCCUGGAGACCUCGAAGACCCCGGCACCACCGACCUCCCAGCCUCCCGGCUGCGACCUCAUCUUCCCUCCCCGACAGGUGAACGAGUCCUGGACCCUGGAGGACUGCACGGUGGCCAGGUGUGAGGGCAAGAACCGCAUCAUCCUGCUGGGGCCGCAGCCGGUGGCCAACAUCACCUGCGUGAACGGGCAUCUGCCCGUCAAAGUGUGGAGCGAGAAGGAGCGGUGCGCCUACCGCCUGGAGUGCGAGUGCUCCUGCAGCGGCUGGGGGGACUCCCACUACACAACGUUCGAUGGCACCUCUUACUCCUUCUGGGACAACUGCACCCACGUGCUCAUGAGAGAGAUCCGCCCACGCGACGGGAACCUCAGCAUCUACAUCAACAACUACUACUGCGGGGCCGCCGCAGCCACCGCCCACUGCCCCCGCGCCCUCAUUGUCCACUACGAGUCCAUGAAGAUCAUCCUCACCACCACCACGGCCGCCAACGGGCAGGAGAAGAGCCUGAUCCUCUUUGACCAAAGGCCGGUGGGUGAGGGCUUCAGCAAGAAUGGCGUGAACGUGUCGGUGACGGGGACCACCAUGAUGCGCAUUGACAUUCCUGCCAUCGGCGUGAGCAUCACCUUUGACGGGCGCGUCUUCCAGGCCCAGCUCUCCUACAGCCACUUCAACCACAACACUGAGGGCCUGUGCGGCACCUGCACCAACAGCCAGACAGAUGACUGCCGCCGGUCAGACGGCACUGUGGCCCCCACCUGCAAGGACAUGGCCAGCUCCUGGCUGAUCCCCGACAGCAGCAAGGAGAGCUGCCGGGCAGCGCCCCCGCCCACCAGCCCCCCGCCCUCCACACCUACCAUGUCUGCCUCCACCACGUGCCCCCCAGCGCCCCUCUGCACACUGAUGCUGAGCCAGGUCUUCGCUGAGUGCCACGGCCUCAUCCCUCCUGGCCCGUUCUUCAGCACCUGCAUCAGCGACCACUGCCAGGCCAGCGACCCCUGCCAGAGCCUGGAGGCCUACGCGGUGCUCUGUCGUGCCCGGGGCGUGUGCAGCAACUGGCGCAAUGCCACCGGCGGGCUGUGCGAACUCACCUGCCCACCUGCCAAGGUGUACAAGCCGUGUGGCCCUGCGCAGGCCGAGUCCUGUGACUCCAGGAGCCAGAGCCCAGUGAACAAGAGGCUGGCGGAGGGCUGCUUCUGUCCAGAUGGCCACAUCCUCUUCAACUCCUACACGGACGUCUGUGUGCCCCAGUGCUCCUGCGUGGGACCAGAUGGGUUUCCCAAACUCCCCGGAGAGCAGUGGGUCAGCAACUGCCAGGACUGCGUGUGCGACAAGGGCUCCGUGUCGGUACAGUGUGUCCCCGUGCAGUGCAAGGCCCAGGACCAGCCCCCGCAGUGCAGCCAGGCCGGCUUUGUGACCAUGACCAGGCCCCUGGCGGACAACCCCUGCUGCCAGGAGACGCUGUGCGUCUGCAACGUGACCACUUGCCCCCGGAGGCCACCCACAUGUGGGCCGAGAGAGGAGCUGACCAGCACCCAGAAUGAAGGCGACUGCUGCCCCACCUUCCACUGCCGACCUAAGCUGUGCACCUACAACGGCACCUUCUAUGGGGUUGGUGCAACCUUCCCAGGGGUCAAGCCCUGCCACACAUGCACCUGCCUGUCCACGGACACACAGAACCUGACUGUGCAGUGUGAGGAGAACGCCUGCAACACCCCCUGCCCCCAGGGCUUCGAGCACUCGAAGGUGGCGGGGCAGUGCUGCGGGGAAUGCGUGCAGACGGCCUGCCUCACGCCUGACGGCAGGCUGGUCCAGCCCAACGAGACCUGGGUCAGCAGCCCCGUGGACAACUGCACCGAGUACCGCUGCCAGGAGACGAACGGGCUCCACGUGCUGAUCCUGAGGCCCGCGCCCUGCCCGGAAGUGUCCAGCUGCAUGGGCGUCCUCCGGAAGAGCGGCUGCUGCUACUCCUGCGAGGAAGAGUUACACUCCUGCCGCGUCCGCGUCAACAGAACGGUGCUGCGGCUCGGGGACUGCACCAGCGGGGCGCCCGUCAACGUCUCCUCCUGCGAGGGCUCCUGCCCGGGCGUGUCCGCGUACUCCCUGGAGGCCCAGGCCAUGCAGCGCCGGUGCACCUGCUGCCAGGAGACCAGGGCCCACGAGGAGGCGGUGACCCUGCAGUGUCCCAACGGGACAGCUGUCCAGCACACCUACAUCCACGUGGACGCGUGCAGCUGCACCCCGUCCUGCGCCCCCUCGCCCGAGGCUCCCGAGGACAGCACCCCCAUCCACCUGCUCUAGGGGACCACCACUGUCUGUCGCCAGAGUGCCCCCGUCCCACACGCCCUCCCCGUCUGGAGCCAGAACUUGCACCACCCAACCACGGAAACCUCGCGGGGCCUGCUCCAGGAGCCCACGCACACCUUCUGUGACUCCCACUGCCCCGCCCACCUUCCACUUGCCCCCAGGUGAAACCUGUGCGCUGGAGGGGGACAGCGCAGCCAGAGUCUGCUUGAGGAGGGCGCCAGCCGGGGGCCCUGCCCUGGGAGCCCCUCCGCCUGGUCUUGGUCACCUGCCCAGUCAUCAGGGCCUGCCCCUCAGCAGAAACGCAAGCGCCCACUCGGCCCAGACUCACCCCUUCCUGGUGUCAGAGGGACGCCCUGGAGCAAAACCGCAUAUCUAUCGCUGUGCUGCUCCCCACUGCAGCCCCCACCACUCCUUGAAGCCCCAUGGGGCACAAAUUCCCGCUGGCCACCUCCCGCAGCAGACUGCAGACUGAGGCCUAUCCAGGCAAGGCCGGCUGCCUCCAAGAGGCGGCGUCAGGUAGAGUGGCUGCCUGCCCACGUCUGGACCUGGACCUGAGGCUUCGAUGGCCGAGGUGUGGGCGGGGAGGGGUCGGCACCCCGCAGCACCCCCUCCUCUCACCCAGCCCCAAUCUAGCAAAUAAAUGCUGAGCACUGUGUACA